AUGUCUAAUCGUCUGUUCCUUCUAUUAGUUUCAAUAAUCGUACUUCUUCUCAUAUUCCUCCUGUUCUCUUCUCUCAAGCUUAAAUACGUCAACGAGAGUUCCUCACCGACUUCAUUCAAAGGUGAAAUAUUUAAAAGACAAGCGCCCAUACGUAGAAGAGCUUUUCGUAAUAUUCUCGAGAGUAAUGAGACUGAUCAUCUUACAUUCUAUAAUGCCCUAGUACCAGAAUUAUUUUGCUCGAACAAAGUUCGCUUGGGAACAGUAGGUGAUGGCGGAAAAUGGAUCUGUAGCCCUCAUAGGCUUCCAACCAACUGUGUCGUACUAUCACUCGGAAUUAACAACAUGAUCUCAUUUGAUGAAGAAAUACAAGAAGUUUCAGAGAAACGUUGUCGAUUAUUAGCAUUUGAUAGCUUUGCUCAAUCAAAGUCUACGAUGGAUAGACUGAAAACGCUCAAUGGCAACUUCGUGAAAGCUAUGAUUGGGAAUGGGAGAGGGGGGACUGAAACUUUGUCCGAUUUGCUGAAGAGACAACAGAUUGAUAAAGUGGAAAUACUAAAAAUGGAUAUAGAGGGAUACGAGUUUGAUACUAUCAUUCCUUUUGUUGAGGAGUUCCGCGUGGCACAGAUAUUGGUGGAAGUACAUCAACAGAACGGGGCUUUCGGAAAAGUAAGAAUACUAAAGGAACUGUCAAAAUUGGGAUACUGGUUCUGCAAUCAAGAGAUAAAUGGUCGUUAUCAUGAACUGGUCGAACUCCUACUUGUACACGAAUCACAGUUCCAGCGUUAUGAAGCAUACCCGUUAGCGCGUUAUCUCGACUUUUAA